CCUCGGGGCAGGCAGCUCCGCGGCGGGAUAAAGCGGGGAGGCGCCGGCAGGAGGGCGGCCAAGGACGGGAGCCCCCGCCCGGAGGAGGAGGGCGAGCCCGACCGCAGCCCCAGCCGAACCCUCGACCACGCCGAGAAAGGACCGGCCGGCGCCGCCGCCCGCGGCCUCCAGCUGCCUUGGGGCAGGCAGCUCCCCGGCGGGGCGUCGAGCGCCAUGAAGCGGGGAGGCGGCGGCAGGAGGGCGGCCAAGAACGGGAGCCCCCGCCCGGAGGAGCAGCGCGAGCGCCUCACCCGAGGGCUCCGCGAGUGCCAGGACUGGCUGCGCGCUUAUCUGAAUGAAACACAAGUCUUCAUCGCAAGAGCAGAUAGCAAGAUAUGGCUUACCCUUAUAAUGGCCGCCGUUGCUGGAAUUCUUCACUGGUGGCAUAUAACAGCUCUCUUUGAAAACGACCGUCACUUUUCUCAUCUUUCAACCCUGGAAAGGGAAAUGGCUUUUCGAACCGAAAUGGGUCUCUAUUAUUCUUAUUUCAAGACCAUCACUGAGGCACCAUCCUUUUUGAGUGGAGUCUGGACGAUUAUGAAUGACAGGCUAACUGAAUAUCCUCUUGUAAUCAACACAUUGAAACGAUUUAAUGUCUAUCCAGAGGUUGUUGUAGGCUUUUGGUACCGAUUAUACACAGAAACGAUGAAUGUGAUGGGUAUUCGGACAAAGCAAUGUUGGACAGUGCAUAGAGGAGGAGACCUCAGUCCUGUUGAGAGCUGUGAAGGGUUGGGAGAUCCUGCUUCUUUUUACGUGACUAUGAUAUUUCUUCUGAAUGGAUUAAUGGUGUCAAUAUUCUUCCUGUAUGGCACAUACCUAAGUGGCAAUUGGUUUGGAGGACUACUUACAGUGGCAUGCUACUUUUUCAACCAUGGGGAGAGUACUCGUGUGAUGUGGACUCCACCUCUUCGUGAAAGCUUUUCAUAUCCGUUCCUUGUGGUUCAGAUGCUAUUACUAACCUACAUUCUCAGGACUCAGAAUGUUAAUAGAAGAAGCCUGAUUGCACUAUCUGUUUCUAAUGUUUUUUUCAUGCUUCCGUGGCAGUUUGCUCAGUUUGUUCUCCUAACACAGGUGGCAUCAGUUUUUGGAAUUUAUAUUUUAGGAUUGAUUGAUUCAUCCAAACUGCAGAAGAUACUUUAUGCACAUAUGGGUAUUCUUGAACUGGGUCCUAAAUACAUCCUGGCAAUGUGUAGUAGAAGAGGUAUCAGCUUAUGGGCCAUUGAAGGAUUUUGUUGCUUUUUGGGGACAAUUACCUUGAAGUUCUUGAUGUGCCUAAUAUUUGGAACCGCUGAUGAUGCUCAUAUAGGCAACCUGCUGAAGGCAAAAUUUACUGGUUAUAGAGAUUUUCAUACUUCAAUGUACACAUGUGCUGUGGAGUUUGAUUUCAUGGAAAAACAGACUCCAGUAAAGUACAUGAAGACACUUCUGCUUCCGGUAGUUCUUGUCGUUUUUUCAGUAAUUGUUCUGAAGACAUUUCAGAGUGUUGUGUGUCGCAGGGGAUUAUCUGAAAGACAGGCGGAUAAUUUCAAUCAUGGGGAGAUUGUAUACCAUGCACUGCAGCUUAUAUUUUUUACUGUUCUUGCUAUUUUAUUUAUGAGACUAAAGCUGUUUCUGACACCUCAUAUGUGCAUCAUGGCAUCCUUGAUAUGUUCAAAACAACUGUUUGGAUGGCUGUUUAGCAAAAUCCAGCCUGGAACACUUGUUCUUGCGAUUUUAGCAAUGAUGGCAUUUGAAGGAGUAGCAAACCUUCAAAGAGAACGGAGCAUUGUGGGAGAAUUUAGCAACUUGCCCCAGGAAGAACUGCUGAUAUGGAUAAAAGAAAGUACCAAACCAGAUGCUGUUUUUGCGGGUCCAAUGCCUACAAUGGCAAGUGUAAAAUUGUCUGCUCUUCGACCUAUCGUGAACCAUCCUCAUUAUGAAGAUGCAGGUUUACGGGCAAGAACAAAAACAGUUUAUUCCAUGUAUAGCCGAAAACCAGCAAAAGAAGUUAAAAGGGAAUUGCUGAAGUUGGGAGUAAAUUACUACGUUUUAGAAGAUUCUUGGUGCCUGAGGAGAUCUAAGCCUGGCUGCAGCAUGCCUGAAAUCUGGGAUAUAGAAGAUACUGCCAAUGCUGGAAAAGUUCCUUUAUGCACCCUCAUGAGCAUGGAUUCCAGGCCAUACUUCAGAACAGUGUUCAACAACAAUAUAUACAAAGUAUUAGAAGUUACCCGGGAAUGACUCUUCAGUGCAACGCAUUUUCUGACAGUAUAUGUAUUUUUAAACUGGCAAUUAAGUAAAAGAGAGCUCUCAAUUCAGAGUCCAUUAAAACCAA